UUAAACCGUUACAUGUGCUCCUCGUGGUGUUGGGGAAUCGUUUAAAUCCCGCUUGUAUCGGUGCAACUGGGGCGGUGAGAGGGAACCAGUGAUGCGCUGCAGCUCAGUCAUUGUUCGGCGCUUAUCGUGCUGAAUGGGAAGCGUUGCUUCACUUUAUCCCGUUUAUUUCCCUUUUACAGUCUGUGUUUAUAAGGUAGUGUUCAGGUGUAACGUUACCACGUCCGCUUUUUGUAAAUGAAUCCACCUAAAAUGAAUGCUUAAUGCUCGUAAAAACCAACAGCACUGGCUCGUUUUCCGGGAAGCGGAAAAAGGGCGUUCACUUUGGACUGAACCAAGCUACCGUUGGGCUCAUUUAACGUCAUUUAAACUGAGUCCGCGCUCACCAUUUUAUAGUUCUCAUCUGUCCACCCGCAGUGGUGUAAAUCAUUCAUCACGUUGCGCAAUGAAAAUAUUGACGCCAAAUCACAUAUAGGUAGGCCUGUAUCCUAGCCGCACACAGCGCGAGCUCGGUGGGCAGGUGUGUGUGUGUUUGCGCGUGUGCGUGCGCAUGUGUGACGUGAAACUGGGUGGCCGACAUUCCUCUGAAGGGUGCAGGUGUCUGCUUGUUGGCAAAUCUGACUCAGUCGUCGUGAGAUUUUUUAUUUUAUUUUUUUGAAACGCUGGUCUCGUAGGUUUUGGUGGUUGUGCGUUUUGUCCAAGCAGCUGGAGCCAUGACAGCCAAGGAAGAGCAGAUACAGAAAGCCAGGCUGGCCGAGCAGGCCGAGCGCUAUGAUGACAUGGCCGCAGCCAUGAAGGCCGUCACAGAGGGGGACGCGGUGCUUUCCAACGAGGACCGCAACCUGCUCUCUGUGGCCUACAAGAACGUGGUGGGGGCCAGGAGGUCCUCGUGGAGGGUGGUGUCCAGCAUGCAGCACAAGUCUGAAGACUGCGGGAAGUCUGCGCUGGCCAAGGCGUACAAAGAGAAGAUCGAGUCGGAGCUGAGAGACAUCUGCAAAGAAGUGCUGGACCUGCUCGACAAACAUCUAAUCCCCAAAGCUGCGAAUCACGACAGCAAAGUCUUCUACCUGAAGAUGAAAGGAGACUACUUCCGCUACCUGGCUGAGGUUGCUUGUGAAGGCGAUAAGGAGGAAAUCAUCAAGAAUUCACAACAAGCCUACCAGGAUGCCUUGGAUAUCAGCAACAAAGAAAUGCCGGCCACGCAUCCCAUCCGCUUGGGCCUCGCUCUCAACUUCUCUGUCUUCUACUACGAGAUCGUCAACUCACCUGAAAAAGCCUGUCAGCUGGCCAAGACGGCCUUCGAUGAGGCCAUUUCCAUGCUGGACAGCCUCAGCCAGGAGUCCUACAAAGACAGCACCUUGAUCAUGCAACUGCUCCGUGACAAUCUGACACUGUGGAUGUCAGACGCCCAGGGUGACUGUGAGGGAGAUGAGCCGGAGCAGGAGCCGGAGCCGGUACAGAAGCCGGAAAAGGAAAAGGAAAAGGAAAAAGAGCCGGAGCCGGAGCCGGAGGCUGUAGCUUAGAGGAAAUGAACCUCGGGGGAAAAAAACAAGAAAAACACACAUUUUUUACCUCUCACCAGCCUAAGUUGUGUGUGUGUGUAGUUGUGUGUGCACAUACAGAUAUGUAUGUUUACACUCAACUCACAAUGUGUAAAGUACAGUAUGUGUGUGCAGAUACAUUCGUGUGCGUGCGUGGGUGGGUGUGUGUUGUAUGAGCACCUCCACAGAGAAAAGAAUGGAAUAGAUCUGUUUGGUUUCGUUUCAACAUUACUCAUUGUGUCAACCAGUGGAUGUUUCUUUUUCAUUUUGUUUCUUGUCCAGAUUAAAUCCCUCCUUUUAGGUCCAAACCAACCCCAUGUUCUUUAACCUUAUUCACUGUAGCAAACAAAAAAGUCAAACAAAAAAACUUCUAAUUUUGAUAAUUUAUACAUUUUUACUUGAACUCAACAUUUACAAUCUUUGACACUUGGGUCUACAAAAUCCUGAAUGAAGCAUGUAAACUGUAAAAAAUGAAUUGGUCACAUUGGUCUGAAUUGUCUAAACUGUGGGCUUCAUCACAAUGGCAUUGCUCCUGUAGAUGGCAGAAUUAACUUUGGUAAAGAUCUGUUACUAUAUAGCUUGUAUCCAUCCCGCCCUGUCACGUCCAGUGUAGCAGCUAGUGUUUUUAUGGGUGGUACGUGUGUCACGGCUCAGUGGGUUCUGUGUGCAUUUGGAUGUAGGAAAGGCUUUUUUUUUUUUUUUUUUUUUGUAUGAAUGGCCACUUACGGAAACUGUGGUAAAACUUGGGUUGACGGUUUUGUUGAGGAUUUCAUUCCAUUUAACUGACAUCUUUUCACUCUCAGUGAAAUGUGUUGACUAUAAUUUCCUGCAAUUUUCCACAACACAUGACAAGGUAUAGACGGCCUGAGAUAAAGUGAACAACUUGACAAAAUGGCUCGAUACUGUAACUUUUGAUAUUUUAUCUUUUCAGCAGUGCAGAGGAUACUUUCGCCAUGUGCUUGUCUGUGGCUUUCUACUCUUUUUCUAUUCAGGUGUUUUGUGUUUUCUUUGUGUAUUUUCUUCCCUUUGACUCCUGAUUUGGUUCCUGGAAUGUAUGUGGUUCUCAUGAGUAUGGUUUGAGGGUUAGCCGUGCUUUGAAACUGGCAGGUUAUGCUAAGGAUUUAGCUUGAACCAGGUGGUUUACAGUAACAUUUACCUUUCUUGAAAGUACAUUGUGAAAAAACUAAAACAAUGCUAAAUGUAAACUGAUUAUCAACGUAACUUGGUAGAAAGCUGUGUUAUGACAUUUAGUAGUCAGAGUAGUGCCAGUUUCUUCUAAUUACAGUAUCUUGAUUUUUAAAAGAUGGGAUGCAGGAUUCAGAACACUUUUGAGUACGUUAUUUGGUUAUGUGCUUUUCAUGUAAGUGGAAUUAAAACAUUAAAAUCAAGUGUGCUGUG